AUGCCCAAACUCCCAGGUAGGCUACAGCAAUUAUAAAAUCUGAGUAUAUAAAUUCAGAAUAUGUAGAUUGCUGCAAAUGCAUCACUGCAUUUAUCUAUUUUUCUCUCUGUUGCUCUCCCUCUCUAUCUCUGUUUUUCGGUGGGGAGGUGGGGUUCAAGGCCAUGUCGGAGUCCCUUGGCUGGGCCAAGUGUCCCAUAUUAGACUUCCUGCCUCCCUCUCUCCCAGUGACCCUGGUGUGUGGAGGUGGCUCCUGGAUGGACAGUGCUACAGAGGCCAGAGUAGCAGAGCUGAGGCCCAACAGCUACACCUGCACUGUGGUGAGGUGGAGUGUAAAAAGACACCUAUCACUCAUUGUGGUAGGAGAAAACGUGUAAAUAAGAAAUGAUAGCCAAACCCAUAUUGAAAUCACAAAGAGUGAAAUCGAGCUGAUCCUCACACUGCCUCCUUGCCCUCCCUUUUUCUUUCUUUGUCUCAGGUGGUUGAAGGAGCAGCUCAUGAUGUCUAUGCUGAUCAGCCUGAGGGGUUCAACAUACUCGUGCAGAGCAACUGUGACAUUGUAG